AUGAGCGACGAGAAGACGACUGAGUAUGUGACGCUUGUGUCCAACGAUGGCUACGAGUUCAAGCUGUUGCGCUCGGCGGCCUGCAUUGCAGGCACGAUCAAGAGAGCGAUGAACCCCGAAUCUGGCUUCCAAGAAACAGCGCGAAACCGCAUGGAAUUCCCUACGAUCAAGUACACCACCCCUACCCUUCGCAUUUGAACAUCCGCAUCCGCAAUGCUCCGACGAAGACGUGCAGCUAACCACGAGAAGUGGCGUUGUGCUCGAGAAAGUUUGCGAAUACCUCUACUACAACCAGAAGCAUGCAGACAGUAAGGAUGUCUCGGACAUGGACAUCCCGCCUGAGCUGUGCUUGGAGCUGUUAAUUGCCGCUGACUUCUUGGACGGUACAUAUCCUUUCUCCGAUAUCACUAUACACUGCUCACACAACCUACAGUUUGA